ACUUUGUUGAUAAAAUGGCGACUGUUGACACUGAUAAAGAUGCUAAAGAAGACUCAGGAUUCGACCUUUUAUCAGAUGAUGUUAUAUUAUUCAUAUUAAAGAAUCUCAGUCUUAGAGACUUAUUCAAUCUACGUCAAGUAAACAAACGUUUUGCAGCUAUUUGCAAGGACAAAUCAUUUUUCCGGUAAGUUUUUAAAGCCCUAUUAAAUCUGCAGACGCAGAGAUGCAGUAGCCAUCAGUAGCAGGAUCUCUAGAAAUACUAAAAUAAAAUGAACCUAUCGUGAAUUGGGAAUAAGUCAAUGCUGAAGUCUAAAUGAAAUGCAAAAAUAUGUUGUUGAGAAUUCCUUGACUGACGCAUUUCACCUGCCUGAUUUAUUGCUGACUUACUGUUCUCCACUAUUUAAUUUUAAGUUUCUUUUUUUUUUCAAACUAUUUCAAAUUCAAUUAUCAGUAUUUUAUUAGUAGACCCAGGACUACACAAAUAUUGCAUUUUAUACUUAAGAUUUUUAGUGGUUUUCAAACCUUUCUCAUGAAGGCAUCCUGCAAAGUAGAAGUGUAAACUGCAACUCUAUAUGGCUAUAUACUAUAUGGCUUCAUCUCUUAAAUAAACCUGGAUAAAUGUCUUAACUUUUUCAUAAGAUUAAAAUUCUUAAUUUCUUUCUAAAAGAUUACAAUUCUUAAUUUCUUUCUAACUUUCUUGUUUCUGCAGAAAAUAAAUACUUUGACAAAAAAUUGAAAUAUUGUCCAAUUGCUAUAGAAUGAUACAUCAUUUUAAAGGGCUAGCUAUAAGCUUUGUAAAAACAUAAAUUUCAUCUUUCUAUCUUUUAUAGAAAUGAAGUUAUGAUUUUUUUGGUGAAUUUUAAAACCCCCCUUAUUUAUCUUUGUAUUUAAAAAAAAACAACUUGUGACCAACUUUACACAUUUCUGCCUUAUUUUUAUGUCCUAGUAAAAAUAUAAAUUCUAUGAUAAUGUUGAGUCUUAUUUAUUUAUUUUAAUAAACUUGUUAUAGACUAAUUCAUAUUUUAUCUAAUUUUAAAGAAGUCACAGUGACGCAAUUUUCACAAAAAUAUGUAAGAAAAAAUUUUAAUUUUAGACUUAGAUGUUUACCAGAAUGUAUAACCAUAUUUUAUUGGAAUUAUAAUUCAUAAUUGUAGUAGCAACUGCUUUUUAUUAUGUUAUUAUUCCAUUAAUUAUAAUUUAUAAAUACCACUAAUAACUAGCCCUAAAAAUAUAAUUAUGUAAAUCAAGGGACAAAACAAGUCCGAAAUUCACCAGACUACAUGAACUACAAUUAUUUAAUUUAUUAGGUUGUAUUAAUUUCUAAUAAUAUUGUAAAAUGGUUUCACCUUUAUUAACUGAUUAGUCUUCCACGGAUUAUCAAAGAUGAACUAUAAUGAAUCAAUGAAAAUAUAUUUUAUUUAAAUUGGUAACCAGAACUAUUUCCGACAACCCACUUUUUUUGUGAGGCGGGUGUGACUCGGUGACUACUAACAAUUUUUAUUUUCUUACACCUUCUUACACUUUUGUUUGUUAUUAUUAAUAAAGUAAAAUUAUUAACCUUUGUGAAUGAAUGAAGCAGAAUUGAGCUAAACCACUAUGUGUUUGAAUUUUAACUUUUAAAAUAAUAACAAUUAACAUACAUACCGAUGUAGAAAAUUAAAUGCGUUACUCGUCACAAAAGUCUAAAUGCCGCACAUAUGGUAUCCCUGUUGGAAGUUUAGAACUUUAAUAGCUUGGAUCAGCCAUCCACAGCUCGCUGUCCAUGAAUGAGAGCAUAAAGACAAGUUCUCUAAAGCAGCAGCUAUGACCUGAAUAAACAAGAGAGUGAAAAACAUCUGUACAGCAAUGAAUCAUGGACAUACUAUGGGAGAAACAAAUGGAAAUGCAACAGUCUCCACCUGACAUGCCUUUGGUGCAUUUUGUGCUUUCAGUGGCAAGACAAAGUACCCAACACAGAGUUCCUGAAAUGAGCCAACAUGUGCAGCAGGUUGCUUGCUCCCUCUCAGAUUGUCUUGGCAAGAUCAAUUCAUUUGACCCAGGCACUGUUGAUCUGUUUAGGUAGCAUUUCCCCCAGCAAGAUCUUUAUAUUCAUAAUUUAAAUGUCUAUGUGACCUCCUUGGUACUGCUUCUCCAUUUGAUAACAUUUCACAACAUACACAUGUUUUCCUCCCUAAUUAUAAAAAGUGUUGGACUGCAAUAAAGCUUUAAAAUAGAUUAAGAAGACACGAACAAAUUGUGUCAAUAGAACAAUAUAAGGAAGCUCCCUAACAGGAACUUUUGUUUAAGAUCAGAAAUAAGUUUUAGACUAAACAAUUUUUCUUGAAUUAUUUUGGUGUAUAAAAUAAAUAGGAAAGUUUAAAACGUUUUAUAAAUAUUAGACUGAAUUAUUUAAUUAGGUAGGUUGACAUAAUCACAAAAUUUAGAUAAUUUUUUAUUAGCAAAUCUCAAUGUCAAUUUUCAGUAUGUUUUUUUAGGGAAAAUAUUUACAUGAAUUAAAUAUUUGCCAUAAUUAUUUUCCACAGGCAUCUCCAAUUUGCAAGAAAUUAUUGGCUUACAACAGAAAAAUUCCAUUAUUAUAUAAAGCCAAUAGUGGAUAAAAUUGAAACAUUGAAUUUGAACUCCUGUUACUGGCUCAAAUCUGCUGGUGUAGAUCUCAUCUCAAAAUGCAUAAAUGUCUCAGCAUUGCAUCUUAUGCAAGUACGAGUUUCUGUUAAAAACUUGUGCAGCAUUAUGUCUUGUUUACCGAAUCUCACCAACUUAUCCUUCUCAAUCGGAGACAUUAGAGACUUACAUCUAGAACUCUCAUCUUCAACAGGUGCUCAAGAAUGUUUGGCUCGACUUGUAUCAUUGAGCUUACAUUUUCGCCAUCAAUCAGUUUAUUCAAAUCGACCAGUAAUAAAUUUUUGUUCGGGACCAACUUUGUUUGAAUACUGUAGAAACCUAGAAGAAUUUCACGUGUAUGGUUUCCCUAGUAAUGCGAGGGGAAUUCCAAAAUACAUUUUUCAACCACAGAUUUUAAAAGCAGAAAAUCUUAAAAAUGUGAAAGUAAUGACAUUAAACGACGCCAUGGAUCCAGCUGCACGGAUGUUCUUCUUUGGAACUUUGCUUGCUGUUUGCAAAUUGUCUGUCAAGUUCAGAACUCUUCUACAACCCGUGGGUAAUGUGGAUCAGCUGUGGUCCAUGGAUGGCUAUGCAACUUGUCUUCAAAAUAUGGAAGAACUUGUUCACUUUGAUCCUUCAAGAACAACUUUUCGAAUUCCAAGUGAAGUCCUGCAUUUUGAAACUGCUCAUAAUUUACAGGUAUUUUGUAAUUAUGUACAUUUUAAAAUUAGAAUUACAUCGCCUCUUAUGCUCCAUUCAUUUUUAUAGUUAACUUUCAAACAUUUUUUUUUUAUAAAACAUUUAAAAAAUUAACUUUUAUCCCCUUUGAAAUUUCAGUACCUCAACCUGUCUGAUAAUGCUGCCGUCACAUCUGAAACUCUGCAUUUACUGGCAGAUACUUGUCCAAAAUUGACUAGCUUAAAUCUUCAAAAUUGCAAUUAUAUCCUGCUUGGUCCACUGAAGGUAAAUUCAACGGUUACAACUUUAACACUAACAUAUAACUUCUAAAGCCAAUUACUUCUAUAGCUUAUCUAAAAAAUCUCUUUCAGACUAUCAAACUUGAUCUCUAUCUCAGCGUGGAUCACACUAACAUUGACUACCUCUAACAUGAACUUUCUAUCUCACGCCUUAUGUUCACACACUUGUUAAUUAUGCUUUUCCUGUCAUCCAGUGAGAAUUUAGCCACAAUAAUACAACUUGGUGACCUCCAAUGACACUUGAGUGAAUUCUGUGGAUAUCUCGGGAACAGAAAGUUUUAGGGACAUGUGGUUUUCACUACAGUGUUCCCUUAUGCAUAGUUUACUCGUUCUUGAUAUCUAUCAACAAUGACAACAUUUUUACCCAAGAAAGAUCAUCAUUGACCUUUCAUGUCAUUGUAUGUCAUGGGGGCCCCACUUUUUUUUGUCAUAUGUUUCAACCCUGUUACGUACUAUUGUAUUGUUUUACAAAUUUAAUCUGUUUUAAGAUUUGGAUUGUUAGAUGCACAGUACAUAACAAAGGCCUAAAACCCAGUAUACAAAGAAAAACAAUAACCAAAGCUAGUGAUAUUAACAUUAUUCAAUUUAUUUAUACUAUUAAGUUGAUAUAAAAAUACAAAAUCAAAUAUAUAUAUAUAUAGAUAUGAAAGUAUAAGUGAACAAAUUUAAGACUAGAAGGGUACAACUGUUAUUUCACACACUCACACAGUGAAAGAUCUUUUAAGACUUGUAGGUCCAUUAGGUUUUUCGUAAGUCUCGUCAGUCUAUCGGUCACAUUCAUUUGGGCAUAUUUAUAGUGGGGAGUCAGACUCCUCUGAAACAGAAAGUCUAGAAAUUCAAUCGUCAGAGAGCAUUGACUUCCCCUAAGACGAGCACCUGGAAAUUGUAAACAAACUUUCCCAAUCAAGGGUGGUGGGGAAGGGCGUGGCAGCACAUGUCACCCCAUUAAUUGGUGACAUCAGUAACAAAACAUUGGGGGAGGUAAAGGGAUGCAUGACAUCCAUGGCUCCGAAUCAUGCAGCGGGAACAAAAUCUAUGUCAACACACUGGCUAUAACAAAAAACACUUUCUGAUCUCCUAUUAUAUCUUGCAAGACUAAAAAGUAAAAAAUAAAAAAAAAAUAAAAAAUUACUUUUAUAAAUGCAACAACCCCUAAAAACUAAGUUUGUGUAUAAAUCCUUUAUACGCUUCUUUAAUCAAUUUAUUUUAUAUUUAUACUCUAAUGUCCCACCCUCUUGUACACAGUAGAUUUAUUUCACCAACUAUUUCAGUAAAAGAAAAGAAAAUAUUUCUCAUCAAACACACUUGCCAUAUUUUUUAAAAAAGAAUCUCAUUUAGUGGAGCUAUCAGUAAUUUUAUUUUGUGAAAUCAGUGGCAUAAUAUUUCCUGCAUCUUCCCUUUGAAAAAACAGGAAAAACUGAUUUUAGGGUUUAUAAUUGGGGGCGGGGGGUGGGGGGGGGGCGGGGAGGGCUCUGAAAAUCUGAAAGGAGGUGUUGUCAUUGGCAAUGAGUCUAUUUGGAAAGUUUCAGCUUGAAACAGGAGGUGGGUCAAUUAGCUGCCUGAAGAUAUUGCCAGCCAGAAACUCAAAAACAAUGAAAAAACAGGAAAAACUGAUUUUAGGGUUUAUAAUUGGGGGCGGGGGGUGGGGGGGGGGCGGGGAGGGCUCUGAAAAUCUGAAAGGAUGUGGUGUCAUUGGCAAUGAGUCUAUUUGGAAAGUUUCAGCUUGAAACAGGAAGUGGGUCAAUUAGCUGCCUGAAGAUUUUGCCAGCCAGAAACUCACAAACAAAAUCAAAAUGAAUAUUAAGGAUUUAAAGAAACAAUUUUUUCCAAAAAUAUAUGCAAAAGUAUCAAAUAAAUGUCCACCAAACUUCAGAGUUGUCCAGGCACAUGACUAAAAAAGUGUCGAAUUGUCAUAUUUUAAAACAUUGUUGUAGCAAUUGAAAUCUAGUAUCUAGAAUGAUACAGGCAACUGAACUAUAUUUGCAGUUUUCACUUACGCAAACUAGUUAAUUGAUAUUUAUAGCAUAAUAUAUACAUAGGUGGACAAGGCGAAUGCAUAUUUCUUUCUAAGUGGUGGACAUCUAUUUUCUGAAAAGUUUCAAUAUGGUUAGACGAGCAAAGCGAGUAUCUGUUUUAUAAAUUACACUGUUUAUUAGGUUUUGAGUCUUUUAGUUAUACAAUUAUUAUUUUUAAAAGUCUGGAUUAAAAACAAAUAUUAUCUUUCAUACCGUAUUGCUUACACUAGCGUAUUUAUAUUUUAUGGGUUUGGCUUUUAGUACUUUAUACACUUUUCAGGCUUUUCCCAUCCAAAACCAGGGUAGUCUGCUUAUGAAUGUGUUACUUGCAAAUUUAAUUUUUAGUGAAUUUUUCAUUUGUAUCUAAGUGUGUAAUCAAAGCUAUAAUAUUAAAUAUAAUUAUUUUCAUACACAUCGAGAAUAAAAAGUAAUAAAAUAAUCGGAAAUUACCAAAGUAAUCAAAAUUAUAACUGUGAAGAAGAUAUUAAAAGGUUUAUUAUUUGAUUAAUCCUUAAGCUAAAUUGAAAAUUGCCUGCUGUGCAAUGAGCAUAAAGAAUGACUUCAUUUGAAAAUAUUGUACGAACAAUACAGGUACAGUUGACUUAUGAAUAGUUGGUGAUAACUUCCAGCCUUAUUCUUGUUUAAGUCAUUUAGUCAGUUGUGCCCCUUUUUACUAUUUUUGUAGCAAAACUCUGAACAGAAAAGAACAUACAAUGAUAUCAGUGGACUGCAAGCUUUACUUUUAGCAUGCGUUGAACUUCAGAGCUUAAACAUAAGUGGCAUACAUGUGCACACGCAAGACUUGACUACGACGCCGUACAGCAGCCUGGCAGCCCUUCUUGCACUCAACCACAGUAAGUAUAUUGGAGUUUACUUUAUUGGAGUUUACUUUAUUGGAGUUUACUUUAUUGGAGUUGUGAAAUCAAAGGAAAGUAAUUACCACUCUUUACUUUAUUACUGGAAUGCUUCAAUUUCUAAAAUUGUUUUUCGGUUACUCAUAUUAAAAUUUGAAUUAUGUUAACAUACAUUACUUUAAAUUUAUGUUCAGACAACCUUUCACCUGAGAACCCCUUACAAAAUUUUGGUAUCAGAGGCAUACUGCAAACAUGUAGUAUUAACAGCCAGUACAUGGAUGCAGCAACGUACCCUAUCAGAAUCAGAACAAUGAUAAUUUUUUUCUCUUCUUGUUGUGUGACAAACUUCUUUGUGAACUUAUGUGACAGCCUAGGAUUUCAUAGAAAACAAGUUGAUAAUGCCUGUGUUGUACUGUGUUGUACUGUCAUCGUUACGUCUUAUUUUCAAGUAUCAAACUGCUGUUGCCCAUUGAUAGGUUGGCGCAGUUUAUCCAUGUCCCCCUGCUGUUUAAGUGUGGAGAGAAGCUCCAAAAGCAACAAAAGGACAUUUUCCAUAGUACCGGAGGGAUACCUGGUGAAGCGGAGGAGAAUUGGCGCAGGUGCUGCAUGCAAUCAGAGUUUUGCUUUGGUAAGAAAUCAUAGAACAAUUUCGCACUGUUGGCUAAACGCAAUUAACAGCUAUUAGACUAUGUCUUUGAUUUUAUGUAUUUGAUCAAUAAUAUCAGAAAAUUUUUCAUAUUUAUCAAUGAUGUAUAAUUGCAUUUUUUUAGGUGAUGGUGAGUCCUAUCUGUUUUUUUUUUUGUUGGUGUUGGUGGGGUGGGGGGGAGGGUGAAUGACUGGAGUAGGGAUAAUUCAUUGUUAAUAAUUUUGUUUAGCUGUAUUGAGAUUUAGGUGCCCAACAGCUGAAGUCUUGAUCUACACUUAUUGACAUAACCAUCACCACCAAGCUCAACCCCUGUUUAAAAUUUCCCUUAGUUUUAGGGUUGCCAUAUCUAGCUGGGACCUCGUCGGGACACUCUGAGAUGGGGGUGUAGGGUUGCCAUAUCUAGCUGGGACCUCGUCGGGACACUCUGAGAUGGGGGUGUAGGGUUGCCAUAUCUAGCAUGGACCUCGUCGGGACACUCUGAGAUGGGGGUGUAGGGUUGCCAUAUCUAGCUGGGACCUCGUCGGGACACUCUGAGAUGGGGGUGUAGAAAUGAAGUAAAAAAUGUAUUUAAUAUAAUUACUUAAUAUUUAGAACACAAUUACAUGGAACUUGUUGCGGCAAAAGUAGUUGGUACCCCAUAUUUUUCGGAAGAUUUCACCUUUUUCAGCAAGUCUUUUUCCCUUUUACGUAUCUAUAAAACUCCAUGCAAGUCAGCUUGUAGUUAAACUGACACUGUAAGAUCUGUGAAAAGACCUUGUCAACAUAAACUUUUUGACAUAAAUGAAAUUAACUGAGGCUGCAUUUCCAUAUUGCGCUAACAGAUGGUAUUACUUCAGUACUUGAGCCCAGCUCGUAACAGUAGUUUGCAAAAUCGAGACAAAAUUGAGUCUUGACGGGACAAGAAGGUGCAUAACGGUGAUGGUCCCGAUAUAUUAGGACGGAUGGCAACCCUACUUAAUGUAUUUGAAGCAUAGUUUGUAUAUUUCCCAGCACCAUUUCGUGCUUUUCUAUGUUAGGACCUGACUUUAUUUAGGACCUGGGUUUGUGAAGGAAGUGACGUUUUGUAUGAUCUGACCUUUUGUAGGACCUGACUUUGUGUAGGACCUGACUUUGUGUAGGACAUGACUUUGUGUAGGAUAUGACUUUGUGUAGAGAUGACUUUGUGUAGGAGAUGACUUUGUGCAUUUUUGGCCAAAAAUAUUUUACAGAAUUUACAAAAAAAAUUAAAAUAAACAUUUGGUUAUCAUUUUGUCCAGUUCCCAGAUGCGAAUUCUCCUUCUACAUCACAAGAGGACCCAUCAACAUCUUCAUCAUCACCUCCCUCGUCGUCACCUUCAUCAUCCUCCCCCUCCACAACUUUAGAAGAGCCAGUUUUUGUGUCUGAGUUGGAGAAGCUGGUUCGCAGCUGUCCUACUAUGGAAAAUUUUGAGCUGAAUUGUUCGGGCUUCAGAUCUGCUUUCAACAAAUAUUUUGGUGUUAAUCCGAACACCUGUACGUCCAGUCCAUGGUAAGUGUAUGUCCAGCCCAUGGUAAGUGUAUGUCCAGCCCAUGGUAAGUGUAUGUCCAGCCCAUGGGUAGUGUAUGUCCAGUCCAUGGUAAGUGUAUGUCCAGCCCAUGGGUAGUGUAUGUCCAGCCCAUGGUAAGUGUACGUCCAGCCCAUGGUAAGUGUAUGUCCAGCCCAUGGUAAGUGUACGUCCAGCCCAUGGUAAGUGUAUGCCCUGUCUCUGGUUUCUGCCCAAUCAGUCCUCUGCAUGAAGACAUCCAAGCAAUGUAGUAGAGUCUGGCUAUUGGUACAUGUUGGAACCAGACAUUUUGGACAGAUUAACUUGCUGUCUAUUCAUUCAAUUUCUAAAUUAUCUUAUCAAAAAAGUUUUUGUUCCAUCAUUGUUGAAAGGAAGUUUGUUUUAAAAUUAAGUUCAUAUUUUUAAACCAACUCAACACCUUUGGAAUAUUAAGAUGAGACUUUCUAUGACUUUUUAUGAUCUAAAUGGUCUUUUUUAUGAUAUACAAACUUAUUCUGAACAGAAAAUAUAGAUUUCUAAAUGUUAUUCUUGCAACACACAGAUGUCGCAAAUGUUCUGGAACUUUUUCUUUUGAAUCUGAAAUUGAAUUGACACUGAUUAUUUGUUUGGAUGAUAAAAAAACCCAGUUAUUCUAUUUUAAUUUUCUAGUAUGUUUUCCUUGACUGUGGGGGAUCAGGAGCUGAUGUGUAUUGGACGAUGGAGGUUCCUGAAAUCUCUUCAACUUACUUCUAUUCCAGGUUCAUUUCACAAAUUAUCUCUAUUUAUUUAUUAUUAUUGUUACAGUGGUCUUAUAUAGCGCGGUAGCCCAGCCUAGGGCUGGGCUCACUGCGCUUCCCCAAAAAAAUGUUAGCUAAAAAUAAUCAGGACGUUAUUGACAUAACCAUAACCACCAUGCAAAAAUAAUCAAGUUCUGACAUACCAAUGUCAUUGUCUGAUACAAAGUUACUAUUACACUUUAAAAAAAAAGAUACUAUGAUAUUACAUUAUGAAAAAUAUUUUGAUUAUAUGUAUUAUUAUAUUACAUAAUGAAUAUUAUAACCAUAUGAAUAUAAUAACAAUAGACAUUAUUAUUGACUUUGAGUCCAGGAGUGAACCAAGGCCACUGUUUGCUAGCCAUAGCCAAAGGUUGUGUCUCCCUAGAGCAGCUUUCUAUUGCAAGUCUUGGCCAGAUAGCUCACUGUCUUUACAGGGGAGGGCUGCUGGCAGCAUUUCCUUUCUUCUCACAGCUCAAAGAUUUCAGGUGAACAGAAAAUGUCAUUUCAUUACUCCCCCCAUACAUCAGUACUACCCCUGUACAUCAAUGCUACCCCUGUACAUCAGUACUACCCCUGUACAUCAGUACUACCCCUGUACAUCAGUACUACCCCUGUACAUCAGUACUACCCCUGUACAUCAAUACUACCCCUGUACAUCAGUACUACCCCUGUACAUCAGUACUACCCCUGUACAUCAGUACUACCCCUGUACAUCAAUACUACCCCUGUACAUCAGUACUACCCCUGUACAUCAAUACUACCCCUGUACAUCAAUACUACCCCUGUACAUCAGUACUACCCCUGUACAUCAGUACUACCCCUGUACAUCAAUACUACCCCUGUACAUCAGUACUACCCCUGUACAUCAGUACUACACCUGUACAUCAGUACUACCCCUGUACAUCAGUACUACCCCUGUACAUCAGUACUACCCCUGUACAUCAAUACUACCCCUGUACAUCAGUACUACCCCUGUACAUCAAUACUACCCCUGUACAUCAGUACUACCCCUGUACAUCAGUACUACCCCUGUACAUCAAUACUACCCCUGUACAUCAAUACUACCCCUGUACAUCAAUACUACCCCUGUACAUCAAUACUACCCCUGUACAUCAAUACUACCCCUGUACAUCAGUACUACCCCUGUACAUCAAUACUACCCCUGUACAUCACUACUACCCCUGUACAUCAGUACUACCCCUGUACAUCAAUACUACCCCUGUACAUCAGUACUACCCCUGUACAUCAAUACUACCCCUACACAUCAUUACCACUACAUCAAUACUACCCCUGUACAUCACUACUACCCCUGUACAUCAGUACUACCCCUGUACAUCAAUACUACCCCUGUACAUCAGUACUACCCCUGUACAUCAAUACUACCCCUACACAUCAUUACCACUGUGACACAUUAAUACCACCCUCACACAUCAAUACCACCCUCACACAUCAAUACCACCCUCACACAUCAAUACCACCCUCACACAUCAAUACCACCCCUACACUUCAAUACCACCCUCACACAUCAAUACCACCCUCACACAUCAAUAACACCCUCACACAUCAAUACCACCCUCACACAUCAAUACCACCCUCACACAUCAAUACCACCCUCACACUUCAAUACCACCCUCACACAUCAAUACCACCCUCACACAUCAAUACCACCAUCACACAUCAAUACCGCCCUCACACAUCAAUACCACCCUCACACAUAUUACUAGACUCACACAUCAAUACGACCCUCACACAUCAAUACCACCCUCACACAUCAAUACCACCCUCACACAUCAAUACCACCCUCACACAUCAAUCCCACCCUCACACAUCAAUACCCCCCUCACACAUCAAUACCCCCCUCACACAUCAAUACCCCCCUCACACAUAUUACUAGAGAGUGUGUAGUUAUGGUGGGAGUGUGUAGUUAUGCACCCUCACACAUCAAUACCACCCUCACACAUCAAUACCACCCUCACACAUCAAUACCACCCUCACACAUCAAUACCACCCUCACACAUCUCACACAUCAAUACCACCCUCACACAUCAAUACCACCCUCACACAUCAAUACCACCCUCACACAUCAAUACCACCCUCACACAUAUUACUAGGCUCACACAUCAAUACCACCCUCACACAUCAAUACCACCCUCACACAUCAAUACCACCUCACACAUCAAUACCACCCUCACACAUCAAUACCACCCUCACACAUCAAUACCACCCUCACACAUCAAUACCACCCCCAUGCAACAUAAAUAAAAGAAAAACACCAAAAAUAUUCAAUUAUUGUCAUAUUUUUUCAUUUUGAUGUAAAGAAUGAAAUUUGUGUCUGGUUAUUGUAGCAAUGACUGGUUAAAAUAACUCUGAAAGAUGAACAAGUUAAGUUCAAUAAUUAGACAGAGUGGGUGGUGAAGUGGUCUAAACUGACUCAUUCCAACGCCAAGAUAAGCAAAAACAUCCCAAGCAUCUUGGGGGGGGGGGGGGGAUAGUACUCAUCAGCCUUGGACGGAAACCCAUCAAAGAGAAGGCAAACUUUGAAUUACAAGUUAAGUUCAAUAAUUAGACAGAGUGGGUGGUGAAGUGGUCUAAACUGACUCAUUCCAACGCCAAGAAAAGCAAAAACAUCCCAAGCAUCUUGGGGGGGGGGGGGUAUAGUACUCAUCAGCCUUGGACGGAAACUCAUCUAAGAGAAGGCAAACUUUGAAUUCAAACCAGGAGCCUUAAUGAUCCAUUACGUGACCGUGUGCUCUCAAAUAUAGAAGAAGCAUAACAUCACACUCUAUUUCACCAUAUUAAAAAUGUGACUGAUUAUUUGCUAUGUAGACACUGCACAUAGCACUCUUUGUUGUGAGCAGAUGGAGAGUGCUAUGUAGACACUGCACAUAGCACUCUGUGUUGUGAGCAGACGGAGAGUGCUGGGCAGACACUGUACAUAGCACGCUGUGAUGUGAAGGAGAUUUCAUAUGUAUGGGUGAAAUUAACGCUUGUAAUAGAUAUAUCUAAGAACGUAUAUAGAUUCUAUUGAAUUUCUAGUGUUAAAAAGGUUUAAAUUGUGUGUGUGUGUGUACAAUCUGUCCCUACAGACUAGAACACCCCUACAUGAAGAUCGAUGAGAUGAUGCUCAGUGCCAUGGCCAAGUGCAAGACCUUAGAGAGGGUUUGUGUCAUUGCUAAAAAUGGCACCAUGGACACGGAAGGAGUCAAAGAUUUCUUUGAAAAGGUCAGUACUUAACACCAGGGCUUGACCAGGUGCGUUUUCCUUUACGACGGGUCCCGGGCACCCUGACACAAAGGAUCGAUGGAGGCAGUGCACUCUCACCACUGCAUAGGUUUUUUCAUACUUUGUGUUAGCUUCACUUUUGUUCGUGUGUGGCUGGCUGGGUGGCGGACUGGCUGGCAAAAUCUUCGGAUGGCUAAUUGACCCACAUCCCGUCAACCUAUCAAGCAGAAACUUGGCACAUAGACUCAUUGCCAAUGACAACACAUUCUUUGAAAUUUGCAUCCCAAAAUAUAAUUUGUUUCUGCUUUUUAAGGGGAACGUGAAGGAAAGUACCAGACAACUGCAUUAAAUGACAUUCUUAAAAAAAUAUAAAUAUCGCACUCCUUUAAUAUUUUCUUUUGUUUUUCUGAAAUAGUUGAUGAAAUAAAUCUGAAGUGUAAAAGCGGAAUGGUCAUUAGAAUAUUAAUAUAGUUCAAGGGUUUGAAAAUAAUACGCUGAUGUGAGCCUUGGGGGGGGGGGGGAAUUAUAAUCUUCAUGUCAUUAACAUUCUAUGACAUUAACAUUCUAUGACAUUAACAUUCUAUGACAUUAACAUUCUAUGACAUUAACAUUCUAUGACAUUAACAUUCUAUGACAUUAACAUUCUAUGACAUUAACAUUCUAUGACAGUAAUGUGAAUAAUUUGGAUUGUUUUAAAGAAAAGUUAGUUUUUAUAAUGUAAUAACCUCUGUGUUUUUAAUUUACCUGAAGGUGCCGGGCUUGAUUAACUUCCAACUUUAUACUGGACGAUCUUUGAGUGUUUGUCGAGGAUUGCAGGCAUAUUUAAUCAGCAGGUAUGUACAUUUUUGUAAACACCUUUACAGCCUAUGUUUUAGUAUGUGCAUACGUCAUGCCUCCUGUGCAUAUGUCAUGCCUCCUGUGUGUAUGUCAUGCAUCUCAUGCAUCUGUAAUGCCUUCUGUUUGUAUGUCAUGCCUACCAUGCUUCUGUCAUGCCUCCUGUGCAUAUGUUAUGUCUCCUGUGCGUAUGUCAUUCCUCGUAUUAAAUGUGAUGUAUGAUUAAACUUCAUUUUAGACAAGCUGAUAAAAGAGAAAAAAAUAAUAAAUUUGCCAUUCAAAUUGGAACUUUUAGUUUUAAAUUCAUCAUAAUAAACAAGUCUCCUUACCAAUCUUGUGACACUCUCAGAUACAAGAAAACUCGUCCAGCUAUAUCCGUCUGUAUCCACCCACUACUAAGUGGAGGACUCCAGGAAGCCAUAGCUCAACUGCCUGAUCAACACAUUGAUGAAAUGACAUUAUUGAAAUCCAGAGUCUCCAUCUGGCCACAGAACUGGAAUAUAUAUUAAUACAUAAUGCUGAAAUUGAAAAUUUCCGUGAUAUUCUUCAGUAACAGAUAGUGUCAAAGUUUUUUGUUAAAAAUGGAGAAAUGAAUAAAGUUUGGUUCUUAAUCAGUUACAGACUUUGAACAGUUUAAAUAUUACUGGCUACAAGAAAUACACACAAGACUUAAAAUGUAGAUACCUUCCCCCCCACUCUCUCUUUCUCCAAACAUAAUAAGGUGCUUGUCAUUUUUCAUAUUUGAUGCAUUAUAUUAUGAAAUAAUUUGAUAAAAAUCAGGGGAGUUAAUUUGACCCAUUUUUAUUCUAUGAACAGGCAUGCUCUGAUGUUAUUUAAUAGUUACGCUCACAUGAAUAAAACCGCUUUCCUGUGAAUGUAGAAAUGUGUUACAUGCUUUCUAUGUCAGCACAUAACAUAAACCACAUACAUUUUCGUAGUAUGUUAUUAUUUAAUUUAUUGGGUUUGGAAUAGCAUAAUGCAAGGAGGACUACUCAUGUAUGGAAUGAGAGAAUUGGAACAAAUGGGGGCGACAUAAUAUGUAUCCUUACAAGAUACAUUAAAUGACACAUUUGUAUUGUAGUGAACUGUAGUAGGUAGAAUACGACUUCAGGGCUUUAGAGAAGUUUUAAAUAAAUGAGUGAAAAAAUUGAUCUUCUGUUUUAGGAGAUAAAUUCUCUACAAAUCUCAAAAUAGUGACGCAAGGAAAGUAUGUGAUAUUUUGUUUAAAAUUGUUUGUGUAUUUUUAAAAGUAAAUCGGGCUUAAUGUUAAUGAAAUGUAAAUAAUUGAAGAAUUGUUCAUUUAAAAUUUGAUACAUUAAAAGAAUCUCUAGAAUUUAUUUGAUUUCCAAAUUAUAUGAAUAGAAAAAAAAAAAAUGUUCUUAAAAUUGAUAGAUAUUUCAUGAUGAGCGGAAAGGUGCUUGAAUGUCAUAAGUUAAUGAAACUUGAAGUUUUUUAUUUAAAAUUUUAAUUUAAAUACAAUUUUCACUGGAAUAGCAGAUUUCAGCAUUACACACAGGGUAAAUGGCAAAUCAUUACACUUUUGGAAAAUCACACAUCAUUACUCUCAGGGGUAAAUCACACAUAAUUAUCAUUGACUGCAGGUUCAUAUUCACAUGGCUAUUUAUGAAUUAUAUAACACAAAAAAGUGCAAAAGCACAAGGUUUCUGCUGCAAAACUUCGACCAUAAUAAUACAAUAAUAAUGUGACAAUAAAGUUUUGUGACAAUAAUUUGACAAUAAUGAGCUCAAACUUGUUAUUAAAUCAUUUAGGGUCCUGUUAAUUUAAAACAUGACAUGCGCAAAAAUUUUACUUAAAAAAAUUAACGUGACUCAAGAUUAUAAUCCUGAAGAUUAGACAAUAUAUAAAACAAAACUUUGAGCAUAAUUGAUGUCAUUUACAACCUUAGAAAAACAUAAAUAACGCAACAGAUGAUUUGAAAGAAUAAAAAAUGACCAAUGUCCAGCAUUGUAACUUAUGUAUAUACUACAUGUAAAUAAUUUUAGGUUAUGUAUAUAAUGUAUCUAUGUAAUUGUAGGC